AUGCAUCGCCGAAUCUCCACGGAGACACGCCGGAGCCUAGAGCGAGGCAGACGGUCGUCGCCUUCUCCGGCGACCUUCUCGCACGUGGGCGCUCCGUCUGCUCCGGUCCUGACUGUCUCCGCGUCUGCCGCUUCGCCGUCUUCAGACUUUUCUCCUUCCUCGCGUCCUUGCUCCGCUCCACGGCUGCCCUGCGCGUCGUGCCUGAUGCUCACCUGCUCACUCUCCUCUCUCUCGCGCUCUCCAUCCUUCUUCUCGCGCCCACGUUUGCUCCUAUCCCAGGGCAGCAGCGAACCCAAAGAUCGAGACGCCUCCGUUUUGGGGGGGGCUUCGCCGUUCGUUCUUCGCUGUCGCGCUUCGCGCGCUUUCUCCAGUCUCAGUAGUCUUCCCUCCUCGCUCCUCUCUGUGGCGACUGCCGCCUCGCCUGGGCCUUCGCCCCUGUCCCUCCAGUCUCGGCGCUUUCUCUACAACAGCCACCAGGCGCGUGUCCUCCGCCGUCGCCACGUGUAUCGCGACAAGCACCUGGAUCACGUACCCUCGGACCUGUCUCGGCGACUCGAGGACGAGCGCGAGAGGCAAUUUCUCAACUCGCUAUGGGCUGGAGAGCAGCAGAAGGGCGCCUUCCCCCCGGGGGUCAUGACUGCGCACAACCGCGUCAAGCAGGAGAAGGAGCGGUUCCUGCGCGAGUGCGCGCGCGAGCAGGAUCACCUCUCGUCGCUUUUCUCUGAGGAAGAAAAAGACACGCUGCUGGGUGCUGGAGCCCGGAGGAAACCGAGCCUGGCUGACGACGCAGAGGAGGCCCUGCGAGACAAGGUGGAAGAUGAAGACGACGACCGCCACGAGGAGGAGAUCGGGACGAAAAAACGCGCCGAAACCAAACCCGACACGCAGCUGUACGGCAGAAAAUUGCAGGAACUCGAAAGUUACCUGGGAUCCGCACUCCGGACAUACCGCAUUCUCCGCCCUGAUGCGCUGCCUUUCUACAAGGAAGACAGCUUGCUGAGUAUGCAGAGCAAGCUGAAUGAGGCGACGCUGAAGCACUCGCCACUCGUCCACGACCUUCAGGAGCUGAAGAAAAACAACGUCGCUGUUCCUUCGGAUAUCCUUCCGCCCGACUUUGACGCGCUGCAGUUCAGCCUGCCGGUCGUGAACCCGCGCGGGUUUCUGCUCGCACUCUCCGCCGCUGCCAACUCGGUCGCCGAAGACCUUGAGGCCCUCUGUCUGCGUCUUGGCGUCCCAAACUUGCCGCAUCCGACGCACCCGUUCCGCCUGAAGCUGCUGCUCGACGCUCUGUUCGACUCCUUCAAACUGCGCAAGGAUCCUCACUACGCGCACGACUGGGCUCAGCGCAACUGGCCGCGCCUCCAAGGGAUCAUGCCCGCGCCUCUCUCGGACCUCUCUGCCGAGCACGUCGGGCAGUGGCUAAAAUGCCAUCUGGAGCGGGUCUGCGAGAAUCAGCGCGCAGGGUGUGGCAGGCGAGCUCGGCUGCUGGCGCAGAGGUUUCCCCUGAAGCCAGACGAAGAGAAUCUGUACUCCCUCGCGGACGACUUCAUCUUCGAUCACGAGAUCGUAGACGAGCAGUUCUGUGACGAGCGACUCACGGAGUUUCCCAUCGACAAGGCCGGCGAGCUUUUUCAGAAAGUCGCCGACUUCUUCGGGCUGACCAAGGGCCCCGAGCCCGCGGUGAACGACGGCGUGGUCGCGCAGUUCCAGAACCUUGUCUACACCUUGAACAAAAUCGGCCUGAGUAACUGGUUGCGUAUGGACACACGUGAGAUUGAGGAGUUCCUUCCCGAAGGCGAUCCGCCUUCCUUCUCGGCGACCGAGCAAGACCUCGACGCGGCGCGCCUCCUCCUCAAGGCUGCUGCACGCGGGAAAGCGAAUCUCCUCGACUUCGAGGCUCUCGACCCCUACAAACUCCUCCACGGCUUCGACGCGAAGACGGUUCAAGAAGAGUUGGCAGCGCUGCCGCCGAAUCCGUUUCUCACCGACGCAGACAUUGACGAGAUUUUUGACGUCCACACGGCCGCAGAGUCGAUGAGUCAGUCUGCCGCUUCAUCUUCCUCGGCCUCGCUCCGGAACUUCUGCGCAAAGUUCGGCAAAUCGCCCUUGGAAGCCUUGUUGGACUCCGAGGAGAAGUUCCUGGCCUCUGCGGGACCGGUCGACUGGGUGAAGGGCGAGAACGAGGACGGCGAGGCCUUCGUCUCUUGGCGGUGGAAGCGGCCUGCGCAGACCGUCUUUGACCCCGAAAAGGGCAUGUUUGUCCGCGAGCGGGAGGGCGUCGACCCGCUCAUCAAGCUGCACGAGCUGCGGCAGACGCUCCUGAGUAUCAGUCGCAUGAUGAGCAUGAACAAACAGGGGCGCGUGUACUACUUCCGCGCGAUUGUGGCUGUCGGCAACGGCCGCGGCUUGUUUGGCAUCGGCAUCGCCUUUGGACCGUCGCCGAAGGAGGCGCGCAGCAACGCGGCGCUCGCGGCGAUUCAGAACCUCGAUCACAUCGAUUUCGACGUCGGGCGUACGUUGACGACCCCGGUGCAUGGCCAGGAGUAUUCGGCUCACGUCAAAAUUAUUCCGCGCCCCCUCGGGAAAGGGUUGAAGUCGAACUUGCGCUACUUGCCGCUGCUCUACCUCAUGGGCAUCGACAACUGCCGAGUGAAAUUCUACGGUCCCUCGGCGUCCGCACGGUGGUUCACGCGCGCGAAGGCGCUCAAACGGGCGCUGGAGCAGCUCCAGAGUCGCCGCACGCUGGCGAACGCGACCGGACAGAAAUACGACCUGCUCGUCGCCCCUGGAGAGCACUGGAUGCACUGGCCGGACAGGUGGUUCCGCCCCAUCUCCACGGAGUACGCGCGCAUGCUGGAGCGCAUCAAGAAGAAGAGACCUCCCUCGUACAGACGGGGCUUCCGUGCAGCGAUCGACGAAGUCAUCCCGGAGGAAAUUCGUCCCGAGUUCACGCCCUAUACCUGGAAGUCGCCGCUGCAGAAGUGGUGCGAAGAACUCAAGCGCAAGCGCCUCACGUCGCACAACAUCUACGAGAAGGAAGUGUUUGUUCAUCCUCCGUCGCGGCCGGCGUCUGCGCAUUAG